UUGUGUCUUUGGCGCCGAUCCUAUAUAAAAACCAGUGGACAAACCUCUUCUCUUAAUUAUUUCAUUUUUUUUGAAAGCAUCAGUUGGGUUGUUUAUUCCCCUUUUAAUAUAUACAUACACGUAGCUCUCCCUUCUAAUCCGCCAUGGACAUGAAAAAGAGACUCGCCCUCGAACUGAGAAACAGGAAAUUCUCCGAUGUCAAAGAAAUGGUCUUGGACAACUGCCGUUCAGAUGAUGGCAAAAUUACUGGCUUAACUUCUGAGUUUGAGAACCUAGAAUUCCUCAGUAUGAUUAAUAUCAACCUUGCAUCAGUUUCUAACCUACCUAAGCUUCCAAAACUCAGGAAGCUUGAGCUCAGUGACAACAGAAUAUCUGGGGGUUUAGAAGUCCUAGCUGAAAGAACUCCAAGUCUGACACACCUAAACCUCAGUGGCAACAAAAUAAAGGACAUGAACACACUGGAGCCACUUAAAAAGCUACCUAACCUAACAAGCUUGGACCUGUUCAACUGCGAGGUUACAAUGCUGAACAACUACAGAGAAAGCGUAUUUGAGCUUUUGCCACAACUGACUUAUUUAGAUGGAUUUGAUGCAGAUGACCAGGAAGCUCCAGAUUCUGAUCCAGAAGAUCUGACAGAGGAUUUAGACGAGAAUGGAGAGGAAGGAGAGGAGGAAGACGAAGAGGAUGAGGAAGAGCUUGAUGAGGAAGACGAAGAUGAGCUUGAUGAGGAUGAAGAGGAUGGUGUUGAAGAUGAGGAGGAUGUGGAAGAAGAGGAGGGAGAGGAAGAUGAGGAAGACGAUGACGAUGUUCCACAGGGUGAGAAGAGGAAAAGAGACUUGGAAGAUGAGGGUGAUGAAGAUGACUUUGAAGAGGAGGAGGAUGAUGAAUAAGACCAACAAGCUACUGGAUCUUUUUUUUAUGAACUGUCUGGGCUGGCCACCAGUGCACAUGUGCUUUUGUAGGUGAUAGCCUGCAGACCACUAUGCAUACGGCUGUCAGUCACCCACUCAUUUAUAUAUUUUUGUUUAUCAGAGUGUAGAUGUCUAGGGUUGAAAGAUGAGAUGUUAUUUCUGUACUGGUCUGAGUGAGGUUUUUUAUUGUUUGCCGCUUUAUUUAAAAGAUGGCCGCCUGGGGCUAUUCGCUGGGUCAGAUCGUAGGAUGUUUUUUAAAACCAUGGAAUUUUCUGUGAAAGUUCUGUGGUUCCUCUGAUCUGUGAAUGGUGCGUGGGUGUUUAAUUUUGGUAUUUGAAUCCAAAGACUGUCUCCCCCUUCCCCUACCAAUGUUCUGUAUGUAAACCAUGCCUUAAUAUUAAAUGUUUACCCCAAAUUAACAACCGGCUAUCCCGAUUUUCUUCAUAUUGGAAAUCAAUUGCAAAUUAACCCAGCCCUUACAAAUUUGUAUUUUUUGGAUAACUGGCUUUUCUUUGAUGCCAAACUAAAAGCUGGUCCUUAAGCAUUACCUUCACUGUCCUAAUAAGACUUUUCUCUUGAAAAGAAAGAUAUGGCAGUUUAAAUGGUAUUGCUCUUAAGACCCUCGUCAGAUCCUCCACAUCCUACCAUUUUACAGGUGAUAGCUGCAAUUCAUUCCACUCAAUACCUGUCUCCAUGAAUUAUUUCUCAAACCCCCCCCCCCCCCCCAGUUUUGUCCUUUGCUAGAGUCACAUUGAGAGGACUAACACUUAAACUGUUUUGUUGUGCAUAGUGACAGGUAUUCACAGGUAAUUGAGCUAAAAUGAAAUGCGUUAAAACUUUUUUUUUUUAUUGGAAGCCAUUCUUCUGCACCCAAGCGGACUACUGGAGUUUCAUCACUCCAGCGCUACAUUUAUUAAUGGCUUUUUUUUUUUUUUUUUUUCCCUCUCCCCCCUCCUGAGUUGUGUACACCAUUAGUCUCCUCCACUGGAUUAUCAUGCUUGUGGUUAGCUUGCAUCAUGGCACAUUACUUAUGGUUAUGACAAGCUGUUCUUCUUUUUUUUUUUUUAUCCCCCCCCCCUCAAAUAUAUAACCCUCUUGCCUCACUGUGCAGUAUAUUUUUGAGGAUCUUUCCAGGGUGAGUGUAAAUAAACCAUGACAAAUUGUCAAUGCCCUGUUUGACAGUGUAAAGCCAUUUGGUAACAAAUGUUGUCUGUAAAUAAUAAACAUUAGUUUUAAUUACAUGAAAAGCCUUUUCAGUUUACACGCAAAGUUACUUUUAUACUUAUUACAAAACAAUGUAAACUUUAAGAAGUUCUACAGAUAUCUUCAUAUGUUUGUCUUUCAACUAUGGCUCUAAAUUUUGUUAGGCAUUGGCAAAGAUUGGCUGCAGCAUUUUGUUAUUUUCAGUGCCAAGUCUAAUAGUGCAAUUAAAAUAUUAGGAUUUUAACAAUAAAUCCAGCGCUGAAAAUACCUUAAUGCUGUAGACAUUUGGCUUUAAUUUCUGUAACAAGUACUAUAUCUUGCCCGUGCCUAUUAAAAUUACAGGUAACUGAUUUAAUCUCCUGUUCCCUAAGUACAAGCAAAAAUCCAUACCAGUCAUCAUAGAUAUAAUUGGGCUUUCACUUUGGUAGUGAAUCUACUUUACAGAUGGCAAGAGGAAGGGGGAGAAGUGUCUAUAAUGCCCACACUUGUGUUUUGUAACCUUCAGGUAUUCUCCACUUUUCUGAACAAACACUUUUCAGCAGAACAUUGUUUACCUUUUGCUUUGGAGGAGAACCACUGCUGGAUUUACAAAAACAAAACUCUGACCCAAAUCAUCCAAUAUUUUUUAUUUUCUUUAGAUGUUACAGAAAUUGAAUAUGAAUAAGCCUUUUAAUAAUAAAAUGUUGGGAUUUUUA